AUGUUAAUGGAGAACGAAUCCAAGGCGCAAAGAGCUUCGCGGGAGCAGCGGGGACGGAUAGGGAAUGCAAACGCAAUCUGCCUUCAUGGUCGUUCGUUGGAUACGGAGUUAGACUGGAUGUAUCACCAGGCAUGUGUUGCGCUUGAAAUGAGUAAUGCACACAGAAGGCUUGGCGUGCAUAUCGGAGGGCCACCGGGACUGUUGCCAAACAUCCUUGACACUAACGUGGCUAUGGGCAUUGGUAGCGACCGCCUCUGA